AGGGACACUGGACAGCCACGGGGGGCACCUGUUAUACCCACGGGACCAUUAAAGCCUCCACGUCAAUGAAAAAACAAUUGUAAAGAAGGGGCGUCUCUCAACCCGGAAACGCUAUGGAGUUGAGUCACGUGGUGCACAAGCGUCAAAGGCCCACGUGAAGAAAUUAAAACGCGAGCUUCCUCAUCCUGAUUUUUAAUAUCGGGCUUGGUAAGAUUGGGACGCCUACUUAAGGAAGAUCAUUUUUGAUCUCUUUUACAUCUGUUUUCCCUCAGCGCGAUAGCACUAUCCUCAGGAACAGCUACAGAAAUUGAAUUUUUUUUUCCUUUCUUUAGCAGCGACUUCCGCCCACGUUCAAGAUGGCGGCGGGGCGGCCUGCCUAAUCCUGACGGAGUCUGGCGGCGUCCGACGUCGGGGCUGGAAGAGGGCGGAGUGGCUGAGAAACAACAAAUGCAGACGCUGCGGCUCGGGAGUCAGUCAUGGACUGGAAAGAAGUCCUCCGCCGGCGGUUGGCGACGCCCAGCACGGAUCCAAACAGGCAGCUGAAAUUGUCUGGAGUAGAACAGGACUAUGAGAAAAAAAGUGAGCAAGAACUAAAAGAUGAAGAAAUGGAUUUAUUUACCAAGUACUAUUCAGAAUGGAAAGGAGAUCAAAAAAACACAAAUGAAUUCUAUAAGUUGAUUCCUCGAUUUUAUUAUAGGCUGCCAGCAGAAGAUGAAGUAUUACUACAGAAAUUAAGAGAGGAAUCCAGAGCUGUAUUUCUUCAAAGGAAAAGCAGAGAACUCUUAGAUAAUGAAGAGUUACAGAACUUAUGGUUUUUGCUGGACAAACAUCAGACACCACCUAUGAUUGGAGAGGAAGCAAUGAUCAAUUAUGAAAAUUUUCUGAAGGUUGGUGAAAAGGCCGGACCAAAGUGCAAGCAAUUUUUCACUGCAAAAGUCUUUGCUAAACUUCUUCAUACAGACUCAUACGGAAGAAUUUCCAUCAUGCAGUUCUUUAACUAUGUCAUGAGGAAAGUUUGGCUUCAUCAAACCAGAAUAGGACUCAGUUUAUAUGAUGUUGCUGGACAAGGAUACCUUCGGGAAUCUGAUUUGGAAAACUACAUACUGGAACUGAUUCCUACUUUGCCACAAUUAGAUGGUCUGGAAAAAUCCUUUUACUCUUUUUAUGUUUGUACAGCAGUUAGGAAGUUCUUCUUCUUUUUGGACCCUCUAAGAACAGGGAAGAUAAAAAUUCAAGAUAUUUUAGCAUGCAGUUUCCUUGAUGAUUUACUAGAGCUAAGAGAUGAGGAAUUGUCCAAGGAGAGUCAAGAGACAAAUUGGUUUUCUGCUCCUUCUGCCCUAAGAGUUUAUGGCCAGUAUUUGAAUCUCGAUAAAGAUCACAACGGCAUGCUCAGUAAAGAAGAGCUCUCCCGCUACGGGACAGCAACCAUGACCAGUGUCUUCUUAGAUCGUGUUUUCCAGGAGUGUCUCACUUAUGAUGGAGAAAUGGACUACAAGACCUACUUGGACUUUGUUCUUGCACUAGAAAAUAGGAAGGAACCUGCAGCUUUGCAAUAUAUUUUCAAACUGCUUGAUAUUGAGAACAAGGGAUAUUUGAAUGUCUUUUCCCUUAAUUAUUUCUUUAGGGCAAUACAAGAACUAAUGAAAAUCCAUGGACAAGAUCCUGUUUCAUUUCAAGAUGUUAAGGAUGAAAUCUUUGAUAUGGUAAAACCAAAAGAUCCUUUGAAAAUUUCUCUCCAGGACUUAAUCAACAGUAACCAAGGAGACACAGUCACUACCAUUCUAAUUGAUCUGAAUGGUUUCUGGACUUAUGAGAACAGAGAAGCCCUUGUAGCAAAUGACAAUGAGAACUCUGCUGACCUUGAUGAUACAUGAUCUCUGAAAGACUGGGCUAUCUUUAUUAAGAUACUUGAAUGCUGCAAUGAAACCUCUGAAGCAGACUCCUUAAAAAUGGUCUAAAUAAAACACUUCAUAUGACUAUAGAACGUAUGUGUUUUAUAGGCACAAUCAGAAAAUACUGUGAUUAUUGCAAUUUUGGUUGCAGUAGUUUAGAAGCAAUAAGACCAAGCUCUGCUUUUCAAGAGGUAAGUUCUGAUUUUGUUUAGCUCAAAUAUGAUAAAUGUGGUUUGCUAUGAGUAUAAAGGGUUCAGUUUUAAUCUCUAUAAUCUUUAGAGAUGAAGUUUUCAUCAAAUAUUUCUGACAACAUUCAGUAAAGUACUAGUAUGAAAUGUUUUUCUAGCUUUACUAAUCAGUAUCAGGAUUGCAUUUAUAAAACUAUACCUCCCUUUGUUAAGGAAUUUUAUUAAAGAAUUUGUUAACUCAA